AUGGAAGAAGCAGCAGCACCCGGAGCCGGCAGAAGGAUGGGGUGGUGGCUCCUCCCUGUUCUGGCACUAGCUACUUUCUGCCCCACCGAUGCCGAGGAAACCACCUGCGAGUAAGUGGGGGGAGAGGCCAGACAUGGUGAGGAGGCAGGAGGGGGAAUCCCAUCCACCAACUCCUUCUGGAUGUUGUCUUGAAGAGGACCAUGGCUGACCCAUGGCUGACCCAUGGCUGCUCGCACUCCCCUUCAUUGUGGUGGGUCAAAACUAGCAUGUAAAGACAGAGUCUGUUCUCAGAGGGCAUGUUCCUCCCUCUCUCAGAAUACUAGAAUCCAUCUGGGUCACACAAGGAAGCGGAAUGGGGGACCAGUCAGGGGGACAGACAAAAGGAAAUAUUUCUUUUCUAGAAAGAGGACAGAGGGAGGGUGGGAGAGAGAGGUAGAAAAUAGCUUACUAAUUUGGAUUUGCUGAACAGUCCAUUUUUGCCUUUGGCCCCACCCACCACUGAGAUGUGGCCCUCAGAAGACAAUGUGGCCCCUGGCCUGGAAAAAGUUCCCUCCUCCCUGGGAGUGAUGGGCAUUUGGGAGGCAUCCAGAAGUGCAGCUGGACACCUCCAGUUUCAUCCCUCUCUUCCCAAGAUGGCCGAGAGGAGGGGCAAAGUGGGGGGAGGUGGUAUAUAUGCAAUGUCUCUGAUCCUCUUUAGAUGGCAAUCUGUGUCUUGCUUUCCAGCGGAGUCUGCGGAAGGCGUCCCAUGGCGGGCACCCAUACCCUCCUCCGGAUUGUGGGUGGCAGCAACGUUCUCCCUGGAACGUGGCCCUGGAUGGUCAGCUUCCAAGUCGUUACACGGAAAGGAUACGUCAGUUUCUGUGGAGGCUCCCUGAUCAGCCCUCGAUGGGUCCUCAGUGCAGCCCACUGCUUUCAGAAACCAAAGUAAGCAAAGGGUUCCCAAGAAGUGUUGUCAUGGGGUCUGCAAACCUGGCACCCAGGGCGGGGGCAUCUCAUGGGAGCAGAGUCUCGCCUUCUGCCUUCAGAGGGGUGGCUGCUGUCAGCAUCGCAGGGCGUCAAAACUCAGAGUCAUCCUCUUAGGACAAUGGAAUCGGAAGCCCAGGAAAAGCCCUGCUGGAUCAGAACUCAAGGUCCAGUUAGUCUAUUGCAGGCAUGUCCAACAGGUCAAUCGCAAUUGACUGAUCUUGGUCGAUCGUGGGCUGAAACAAAGCAGCCUCGAACAAAGCAGCAGCUGUUGCUGCUGCCACCAUUCUCAUGCAAGCCUGAGCUCCUCCUUCUCCAGCCGAGCCUUCUUCCUCCAAAGUCAGCUUGCCUCCCUUCCCCACCACCCGCUCUGCGCUUUAGGGGUGGGGGAGAAAGGGCUGCUUUGGAAGCGGGGAGAGAGAAUGCCCUGUGUGCUUCUACUAUCUCCUCUGAUCCAUGUAAAGUAAUGUAAAAACACACUGUAUUUUUCACUCUAUAGGACGCACCGGACCAUAGGACGCACCUUGUUUUAGAGGGGGAGAACAGGGGAAAAAAAUCCUCCCCCUCUCUGCUCAACGCCCCUUCAGCGAAGCGGCAGGAGAAACAGAGCCCCUUCCAUUUCUCCUCCUGCUUCGUUGAAGGGGAAAACUUUGCAGCGCCUCUCCAGCAAAGCGAAGCCUGGAGAGCAAGAGGGAUUGCUGUGCACCGACCCCUCUCGCUCUCCAGGCUUCAGUGAAGGCAACCCGAAGCCUUCGGAGCGCAGCAGGAGUUUCCACUGCGCUCCGGAGACUUCAGGCGGCUUCAGCGAAAGUAACGUGAAGCCUCCGGAGCGUGGCAGGAGCACUCCCUCUUAGCUUCGGAGGCUUCACGUUGCUAUCGCUGAAGCCAAGGAGCCUGCAUUCACUCCAUAAGACGCACACACAUUUCCCAUUAAUUUUUGAAGGGGAAAAGGUGCGUCUUAUAGAGCGGAACAUACAGUAGUUUGACUUUUCUCACUUGUUUAGUUACUUGUCCAUCUGGUAACUAUUUGGGUCUGUCAUUAUGAUAUCCAAACAUAACUACUGCAUUUGUGAAAUAGAGAUUCAUUCAUUUAUUUCUUUAUUUCAUAAACUUAAAUGACUUUGGAGGGUGGUAAAUCACUGCCAGUUUUUGAUAGUGGAUAGUAGAUCACAACCGACUUGAAGCUGGACAUGCCUGGUCCAGCGGUUCUCCUGCAAAACUUGAAAGGACAAUGGGACUAAGCUGACCCCCUACUCUUUGAUUCAUGUUUCCGGGACUCAUCCUAUAGGUUCUUUCAACUAUGAAGUGUUACUGAAGUUUUCAGUUUCAGGCCCACAAAUCUGCAAACUGGACAGGCCUUUCUGGAGUUCUUUUGAGAAACUUUUGCUCCAGAAUUUGCCACUCCAGAGUUUAACGAAAACAGCAGAGGUAGAUGAAAAGUCAAAUUUAUUACACUUUAAAAAAGGAGAGUAAUUGGCAUAUUUACUAGAGGUUUUAAACAGAAUUAAUGAAUAGCAAUGUUUGUAAGAAUGCAUGCGUUGGGGUAAAGUGUCCUGUAAAAUGCAAUAUUUCAUGAAAAGAGUGUACAUAAGCAAUUGGUUUGGGGGCAAAUUGCUCUGCAAAAAUGUGUACAUUAAGAGAAAUUUACAGUAAAACAAUGAUGAAUUUUUAUGAGGACUUUUUUUAAAAAUGAUGCGGAGAAGAUUAGAAACAUGGUAGGAACCAAAACCAACACCCUGUCAGGGAACUGACAUCGGAGCGAGAGGCGAAGGGGAGGCUCCUAGAUGAUGCUGGAGAAGGACCCAGCAGCAGGGGGAGAAACAGCUCAGUUGAGGGGGAAGCAUUUAAGGGCAACACCAGGGAUAAAGGUGGGCAGAUGGGGGAAUCGGAGAGAGGGCUCCAGGACUCUUCACUGGAACUCAGUGAGGAGGGGACAGGUCCUCCGCUACCCACGCCCUCCCUGCGCAGAAGACUCCCGCGCAGUAAGAGGAGGAGGAGACUGGGUGUCAAACAACUUUUAUGUUGGAAGAGGUUCAAGAAACGCCCACUGACGGAUUCUGCCAGCGACUGAGGCAGUCACAAUUAGAAAGGGCUGUGCAGUCAGAAAGGUUUAACAAGGCAAAUUAGCCUAGAGAGGCACCAGUUUACGCACGAGUAACUCAUACUCAUCACAGCAAUCCGUCAGUCCCUGAAAGUUGCUCGUGCGCAGCAGCAGGCAGGCAGCAUCAUGAGCAAACCCGGAGAAGCAAGCACCCAGGGGGGAGCAGCUGGAGGGCAAACGCUGGUGGAGAGGAACCGAGAGUUGGAGCAGCAUGUGGCCAUUCUGACAGCGCGGCUGGACGAAAGGCGGUCUCAAGAUGCACAGGUCAGGCCCACCCCCAUAGCAAGGAAGGUACCGGGACUGGUGCACAAAUUUGGGGGGAAGCCGCAGGAAUAUAGUGCGUUUCGAACGGAAAUAGAGUACACAUUGGAACUGCAGCAUGACGAUUUUGAAGACGACGCGGCGCGGGUGGCAUAUAUUGUGGGUCACCUGCAGGACGGGGCCAGGGAAUGGGUCAGGCCCCUUAUGGCUGUGAGGAGAACCUGAGCUUACAGGGUUAAACAGCUCAGAGUGUACGCUCUGCCUACUAGUGGGAGGGGGGAAAUGCUACGUCAGUUCCGAGAGACUAAAGUCUUUGUUCUGUCUCUCUACUUUCGCUUUUGAGGAGAGAGGACGUGUUUUCGCAAUGCUGUUCGCUGUGAUAGAUAAUGGAUAGUCUGCUGUAAAUAAAACUGCUUUUAGCUGCUAAGAUCCUGUGUGGACUUUAUUUAAGCACACUGAAGAAUGCACUGGAGUUUUUUUUGCAGCUUCCUCUAGCCGCUGUUGAUCUCAACUCUGCUAUGCUCAGAUGUCGGACCAUUGGAAUGCAGAGGCCUGUGAUGGGGGAAGCGUGCUGGACCUCACGCUUAUCUGAGCAAUAAAUCAAUUUAUCUAACAGGUUAUGGGGGCAGUAAUUGCAAUUAGAGGAAGCCUGCUUUGAUGUGCUGUGUGCUUAAGAAGGCUGGAAACUGAGAAGCUGUUGUUUUUGCUGCCGGAAAGCAAAAGUCCUGUUUUGAGGCUUCGCCUGGGAGAAAGCAGGGAAGCUGGCUGCAAGCUGUGUGCUGCAAAGCUGGAUGCAAUGCUGUGUGCUGCAAAGAGCCACUGGAGGCCUCUCCUUUGAAGCUGGCUGGUACGCGUGAGUACUUCAAAGCCCCAAUGGGAGCACUGGGGGAGGAGAUGGCUGAGCUCCAGGACUUUUAUGAUGUCCCGUUUGAAAAGCUCACAACCCAGUCCUGGGAUAUCUGGGUUAGAAGAGUCAGGGGGUGGUUUUGGCCACAGGGUUCUGGGAUAUAGCCCAGAAGGAGCCGGCCCCACCCAUGCCAGUUGCUGCUGAAGAAGGAGGAGCAGAACUGGAGGCUGCACUCCUGGAAGAUAGAGAGCUGAGAAUGCAAAGGGAGCUCUGCAUGUUGAGAGCAAGCGUGGACGCUAUGCUGUUGCCCCACCUGGAGGGCAUUGAGUCGGCUCAGGCCGCCUGGCAGGUGCUGAGGAGUCUGUGUGAGAGCUCAGCAGGAGCCCAGGGCCGGGAGAAAGCCGAGAGCAGGGAGGAAGCCGAGAGCCCAGAGGGGGCUGCUGGCCAUGUUCCUGAAGUUACAGCUGGGAGUAGCUGCUUUGUCUCCGAGGGGCCGUGUGAUGUUGAGGCCUACAACCAGAGUGCUGGGGAGCGUGCAGGCCCAGGCUGUGCACCCAAAGGUGGGGGUGCUGGGAACAAAGGAAUGGCUGAAGAGGGAGCUGUGAGAGCUGUUGCUACGCGUCGCCGCUGUUAUCGCUGUGGCUCCCCUCCCAUCUGGUGAGAGAAUGUCCAGUGGAGGAACAGCCGAAGGCCGUCUCCCGUAGCAACCAGAUAAAGAGCUCUUCUUCAAAGCGUGGGAAAGGCAAGCCGAAGGCAGCUGGCAGAGACACUGAACGUAAACAUUUGGCUGCCUCUAUGGCUGUAGUCAAGAGUUGUCAACAGGAUGCUGUGCUAGCUUUUGUGGUCGACAGUGGAGCCUCUCAUCACCUAGUGCCAUCUGGUGGAUUCCUGGAGAACUGCACCUCUGUAAAAUCUGGGAAGACUGUCUGUUUAGCAGAUGGGACUCGACACCCACUCACGCAGAGUGGCUCACUGUUUUGUUCUUUCUUGCAGGACUCAAUCCAGGCUUUUGUUGUUCCAGGACUGUCCUGCGCGUUGCUGUCUGUCAGUGCACUUCUUGCUGAGAACUACAGAGUGUGUUUUGAGAACAAUAAGUGUUCUAUUUCUAAGAAUGGACAGCACCUAGUCAGUGUUGAAUGUAAAGACAGGUUGUUUGUGAUAAAUGCUUCUUUUGCAGGUCCAGAUGACACGGAUGACACGGAGGAGGCUCAAGCGCAGUGUGCCAAUGUUCCAGUUCAUGAUGCGUGUCCCCAUCUCUGGCACAGACGUAUGGCACACGUGUCGUGGGGGUCGGUGAGAAGGAUCCCAGAGUAUACGCAAGGGUGCAAAAUGAAAUCAUGUGCUAAGUUUCUAGAUUGCAGAGCGUGCAAGUCCGCAAAGGUGAAAAUGUGCACAUACCCUAGGUCUGAGAGGGUGACCACUAGGGCUUUCAAAUUAAUUCAUGCAGAUUUGUGUGGACCGUUUUCUGUGAGCAGUUUGGGCGGAGCCAAAUAUUCGCUGGUUCUGAUUGAUGACCAUACGAGGAAUUCUUGGUGUUUUUUGCUUCAACGCAAAGAUGAAGCUGCGCCGCUAAUCAAAGACUGGAUUGCGGCUGUGGAACUGCAGUUUUCCACACGGGUGCAAAACUUUCAGAGCGAUCGCGGUGGGGAGUUCACCGGGUCUGCACUGCAAAGUUUCUUCCGCAAAAAGGGGAUUCAACACAGGUUGACUUCUCCACACAGUCCCCAACAGAAUGGGAUCGCGGAACGCAGGAAUAGGACUCUAGGGGAGAUGUCCGCAGCGCUUUUGUUUGAUGCCGGGCUCCCACAGCGCUUUUGGGGGGAGGCUUGGCGAACGGCCAACUUGGUUCUGAACAGGUCGUUCAAUUCAGUGGUAGGUGACACACCGUAUUUCUUGCUCCAUGGCAAGAAACCGAAAGUGCACUACUUCCGCGUUUUUGGCUGUGAGGCUUGGGUCCUCAUACCAAAGGCCAAACGCAAGAAAGGUGAACCCAGGUCCCAAAAGAUGAUUUUUUUGUGGGUAUGAGCCAGGGACCAAGGGGUGGAGGUUUGCGUAUCCGUCAGGGAAUCAGUCCAGGAUUCUGCUCAGCAACAGUGCUGAAUUCUGUGAGCAGAGUGGCUGGGCAAGGAUACAUGGGAACCCUGACAUCCUGUCAGAGAGUCUGCUUGACUCUGCUGAUGAAGGAGAGGAAGAGGUUGAACCUGCUACUGAGGCUCAGAGUCCAGGCCCAGUGCAGGCAGAGGGGAGAACUUCUCCCAAGGCUGUGAAGAGUGAGCAACGCAGUGCUCCAUCUUCCCCACAGGUUCGGCUGAGAAGUCCAGGAGGCGCAGUAAGUCAGAGGGGAGCUCUCUGAUGCCAAGGACGUUCUGGCUGGCCCUAGUGGGUCAGAGGGGGUUCCUGAAGUAGUGCUGCGCCGUUCAACACGGACGACCAAGGGGAAACCUCCUGAAAGGUUUGCCGUCACUAGUGUGUGGGUCGGAAUGGCACAGUGUGAACCCAAGAGUUUUGAGGAUGUUCAGAAACUGCCUCAGGAAGAAGCCAGGAAAUGGCAUGAGGCGAUGCAGAAGGAGAUGAACUCAAUGGAGUCUCUAGGUGUGUUCUCCCUCACGAAGUUGCCGGUGGGUGAAAAGGCAGUGGGUAGCCGCUGGGUUUACCGUCUUAAGCCCACAGCGACAGGAGAACCGCAGUAUAAGGCCAGAUUAGUGGCGAGAGGAUUCACGCAGCAGAGGGGGUUGCAUUAUACGGAGAUUUAUGCGCCCACGUGUAGGAGUGAGUCUCUACGCUUGGUCUUGGCCAUCGCUGCACAAAGAGGUUUGCUGGUGCAUCACUUUGAUGUGGAUGUUGCUUACUUGAACUCAGACCUCCAGGAGGAUCUGUACAUGCUUCCUCCUCCUGGGUUUGAGGGCAAUGAGCGAGGUACUGUGUGGAAACUUCACAAGUCAAUUUACGGCCUGAAGCAGUCGGCCAGGAAUUGGGACUUGUGCCUGAAUGAAGCUUUGGAGAAGCUAGGUUUCAGGAAGAGUCUUGCUGACAGUUGCCUGUUCCUUAGAGGAUCAGGAGACUCACAGGAACUGGUGUUGUUUUAUGUUGAUGACAUCAUCCAUGUUGGAAAGGCAGACAAACAGGUGCAGAAGUUUGCCAAAGAGCUUGGGAAACGGUUUCAGCUCAAGGACCUGGGUGCAGUAAAGAUCUACCUAGGCGUCCAGAUAGCGAGAACUGAGGAUGGUAGCUUCUUGCUAAGUCAGAAAGGCAAGAUUGAGCAGUUGCUGGAGAAGUUCAGAAUGUCCGAUUGUGCAGGAGUUCGGACACCCAUGGAGACGAACUUCGUGAAAGAUAGCCAGCAAGCAGAAAGUGCUGAGUUUGAGAAUGCUGAGCUCUUUCAGUCAGCUCUAGGUAGUCUGUUGUAUCUGUCCCAAUGGAGCAGACCAGACAUUGCCUUUGCUACCAACCUGCUAAGUAGGGAAGCGUCAAAGCCCAGUGUGAGUGCUUGGCACGGUAUCAAGCGGGUACUGCGUUACCUGCAGCAUACCAAAGACUUCUGUCUUAAGCUGCCAGCUGAAGGUGAGGCGAAGCUCACAUGCUAUGCGGACAGUGACUGGGCGAAUUCGCAGGACCGCAAGUCUGUGUCUGGGUUGGUGAUAAAGUUUGGGAAGUCACUGGUUGGGUGGAAGUCCCGGAAGCAAAGUCUCAUUGCGCUGUCUUCUACUGAGGCUGAAUUCAGUGCACUGUCAGACUUGUGCCGAGAACUAGAGUUCUAUAGAUGCUUGGUGCAAGAGAUCUAUGGGGAUUGUAGCUUGCCCAUCACGGUUUGGGAAGACAAUCAGCCUUGUUUGAAGUUGGCUGAAUCUGCGCAAUUUAAAGCGAGAACCAAGCAUCUGGACAUACGUUUCCAAAAUGUGUGUCAGAGUGUUCAGUCAGGUGUGAUACGACUGAAGUACUGUGCCAGUCACAGUAACCUGGCCGAUGGAUUUACCAAACCUUUAAGCUUCCAGCGUCAUGGGGAGUUUUGUGGUGGUUUGGAGUUGGGGGUAAGUUCUGUACUUACUGUCCCCACAGUAGCGCAGAGCGAGAGGGGGUGUGAGGAGAACCUGAGCUUACAGGGUUAAACAGCUCAGAGUGUACGCUCUGCCUACUAGUGGGAGGGGGGAAAUGCUACGUCAGUUCCGAGAGACUAAAGUCUUUGUUCUGUCUCUCUACUUUCGCUUUUGAGGAGAGAGGACGUGUUUUCGCAAUGCUGUUCGCUGUGAUAGAUAAUGGAUAGUCUGCUGUAAAUAAAACUGCUUUUAGCUGCUAAGAUCCUGUGUGGACUUUAUUUAAGCACACUGAAGAAUGCACUGGAGUUUUUUGCAGCUUCCUCUAGCCGCUGUUGAUCUCAACUCUGCUAUGCUCAGAUGUCGGACCAUUGGAAUGCAGAGGCCUGUGAUGGGGGAAGCGUGCCGGACCUCACGCUUAUCUGAGCAAUAAAUCAAUUUAUCUAACAAUGGCGACGCAGAAUGCUGCCAUGCAGGACCUGAGGAAAUUCUUCCGGGGAAUGGACGCAAUGUUUUCCAGUGAUGUACAACAAAGUGUGACAAAGCGGGAACUGAUGAACUGUAAACAGGGGAGCCAGUCAGUUAGGGACUACUGGUCGCGCUUUGCCAUGAUAGUUCACCGCCUCGGGUGGCAACUGGACUCCGAACCCAUACAGAUGUUAUUCGAGGAGGGGUUGUCCCCAACGGUUAAGGAUGAACUUUCCCGCGCACCCCGCCCACAGGGUAUGGAUCAGCUGACCAAGGCUGUGCUUGCGAUUGGCGUGCGGCAGGAAGCGCGGGCCCAGGAGAGGCGGGAAGGGAGAGAGCAACGUUGCCAUGACUAUCGCAUUCCUGAAAUACCAAGGCAGCCUUCCCCGCCAGCAGAGCCAAUGGAAAUAGAUGGGGCACGGGAAGUUUCAAGCGCCAGCGAAGGGCGCAAAAAGGAGGGAAAGGAUUGGAAAACCUCCAAGAAGUGUUUCCUUUGCCAGCGGCCAGGACAUGUUGCCAGAGCCUGCCCUCAAAGAAAGGCCUGGCAAGGAAUGGUGGGAGCCGCAGGGGGUGAGGAGGAGGUGGUAAAGGAACAGGAACAGGGAAACGGGAACGCUUGGCUGCCAAUCAAGGGGCACAGCAGCCAGGCCAGCCACCAGUAAAAGUGCCCCAACCAGACCCCCCCCAAGGCGGCAAUAGCCAUCGAAGUGGUGCUAGAACUCCCGAACAGGCACCCAGUCAAGGUGAAAGGGAUGCUAGAUUCAGGCAGCUCAUGUAAUUUCUUCAGCAAAGACUUUGCAUUAGAGCACCAGCUCCACUUACUGCCUUUGGAUUUUCCCUUGCAAGUGACCACCAUUGAUGGCAGGGAGCUUCUAGGAGGGGAAGUGACACACCAGACCCCACCAAUGAGAAUGAGGGUGUCCAGGCACUCGGAGACCAUCGCCUUUCAUGUCGCCUCACUAGCAGGGCCCCCAAUAAUAUUAGGGAUGAGCUGGCUAGCACAACAUGAUCCAGUGGUGGCGUGGCAUCAGAGGACAGUCAUCUUUGGGUCAGCUUACUGCCUGGAACACUGUCUAGGGGGGGAAGCCCCAAGAAUGACCGUGGCCAGGGUGGCUGGGAUGGCUGUGGAGCAGAAAGGGGAGGUGCCGCCGCAAUACGCAGAUCUGCGGGAGGUCUUCAGUGAGAAGGAGGCAGAUAGACUGCCACCCCAUAGGCCCUUUGACUAUGGGGCCAGAUCAACUUGCUUCCGGGGGCUCAGCUGCCAGUGGGUAAGCUGUAUGCCAUGUCUGACAGGGAGAUGAAGGAGUUGCGAGAAUUUAUUGACAAGAACCUGAAAAGAGGCUUCAUAAGAGAAUCAACAGCGGUGGGGGGCAGUCCGGUGUUCUUUGUGGACAAAAAGGACACAAAUAAACCCAGGCUCGUAGUGGACUAUAGGGCUGUCAAUUUGGUGUCAGAACCCGUGACCUUCCCAAUGCCCAGGAUUGACGACAUUUUAACGCGAGUGAGGAAAGGCAAAAUUUUUACCAAGCUGGACCUCAGGGGCGCAUACAAUUUGAUCAGGAUGAGGGAGGGGGACGAAUGGAAGACCACAAUGUUCACACCCCUAGGUGCCUUUGAGUACUUAGUUAUGCCUUUUGGAUUACAGUCGGGCUCCGCCUGUUUUCAAGCUUUCAUGCACCACGUGUUGGGGUCUCUGCUGUACAAGAACUGCGUAGCCUUCUUGGACGACGUCUUAAUUUAUUCGGACAACGAGGAGCAACAUGUUAGAGACAUCAGGGAAGUGUUAUAAUGACUGCAGAAGCACCAGUUGUGGGUCAAGCUGGAAAAAUGUCAGUUUCACGCCAGAGAAGUCGAGUUUCUGGGGUACAAGUUGUCUGACAAAGGCUUAGCGAUGGACCCAAGCAAGGUGCAGGCAGUGCUGGAGUGGAAGGCUCCCAAAACAUGGAAGGACGUACAGAGGUUCCUAGGGUUCAGCAACUUCUACAGGAAUCAUAGAAUCAUAGAAUCAUAGAAUCAUAGAGUUGGAAGAGACCACAAGGGCCAUCGAGUCCAACCCCCUACCAAGCAGGAAACACCAUCAGAGCACUCCUGACAUAUGGUUGUCAAGCCUCUGCUUAAAGACCUCCAAAGAAGGAGACUCCACCACACUCCUUGGCAGCAAAUUCCACUGUCGAACAGCUCUUACUGUCAGGAAGUUCUUCCUAAUGUUUAGGUGGAAUCUUCUUUCUUGUAGUUUGGAUCCAUUGCUCCGUGUCCGCUUCUCUGGAGCAGCAGAAAACAACCUUUCUCCCUCCUCUAUGUGACAUCCUUUUAUAUAUUUGAACAUGGCUAUCAUAUCUCCCCUUAACCUCCUCUUCUCCAGGCUAAACAUGCCCAGCUCCCUUAGCCGUUCCUCAUAAGGCAUCGUUUCCAGGCCUUUGACCAUUUUGGUUGCCCUCCUCUGGACACGUUCCAGUUUGUCAGUGUCCUUCUUGAACUGUGGUGCCCAGAACUGGACACAGUACUCCAGGUGAGGUCUGACCAGAGCAGAAUACAGUGGCACUAUUACUUCCCUUGAUCUAGAUGCUAUACUCCUAUUGAUGCAGCCCAGAAUUGCAUUGGCUUUUUUAGCUGCCAUGUCACACUGUUGGCUCAUGUCAAGUUUGUGGUCAACCAAGACUCCUAGAUCCUUCAUCAAGAACUUCGCCCACUUGACAGUGCCCAUCACGGAUUGUCUCAGUAGCAAAAAGAAGUUUGUGUGGACAGAAGAGGCCCAGCAAUCCUUUGAAAAACUGAAGAAGGCGUUCGCAUCGGAAGAGCAACUCCUGCACGUAGAUCUGGAGAAACCCCUGAGGCUAGAGACCGACGCGUCCGACAGAGCCGUAGGGGCGGUCCUUUUGCAGCCAGGGAGGGGCAAGCAGGAAUGGAAACCGUGUGCCUUUUUCUCGAGAAAACUGAGCAAGUCGGAGCAAAACUAUACAGUGUAUGACCGCGAACUGCUGGCAAUCUACGUGGCCUUUCGUCGUUGGCGUCAUCUACUGAUAGGGGCGCAACAACAGAUCCAGGUUUGCACAGAUCACAAGAACUUGGAGUACUGGAGAACCGCACGAGUACUCAACCAGAGACAGAUUCGAUGGGCACAGGAGUUCUCCAAGUUUUUCUUUGAAAUCCGAUACGUGCCCGGAGAGGAAAACGUAAGAGCAGACGCUCUCUCGCGUAAACCGGAGUACCUGGAAGGAGAGGGGCCGCCGGAGAAACGACACGUGAUCCCCGAGGACCGAUGGGUGUGUGGGGUAACUUUGGUGGGGAAACGAGAACUAGCCGGGCUGACCAGAAACGACGUGUUCGCGCAAACUAAAAUCCGGGAACUACGAGACGGAAGAGGGACCCAAGAAGGGUUUGAGGAGAAGGAAGGGGUACUGUACUAUAGGGGAGCGCUGUACGUACCGGGGGAGACCCUGAGGGGAAAGGUACUCAAACAACUCCACGACAACCCCACAGCAGGGCACUUUGGACAGCACAAAACCAUGAUGCUCGUGACCAGGCAGUUCUGGUGGCCCAGGGUGAGGGAGAAUGUACAGGAAUAUGUACGGGGGUGCGACCGCUGCCAAAGGGCAAAGGGGGAGCGGGCUGCCCCCGCAGGAUUACUGGAACCCUUACCCACGCCGGGGAAACCCUGGGAGGUGGUAUCCAUUGAUUUUAUGACAGAUUUGCCCAAGUCCCAGGGAAAGACAGCGGUCAUGGUAGUGGUCGACCUACUGACAAAAAUGUGCCAUUUUAUAGCUUGCUCACAUGCUGUAACGGCAGAGGAAACAGCCCGGUUGUUUGUGGAGCACAUAUUCCGGCUGCAUGGCGCCCCCUUGAGGGUUAUCUCCGACCGCGGAAAACAAUUUACUUCCCGGUUCUGGAGGAAGCUCAUGAGCUUGCUGCAGGUGGAGGUGGGUUUCUCGACGGCGAGACACCCAGAGACCAACGGGCAAGCAGAAAGAGCGAACAGUGUACUCCAGCAAUACCUACGCUGCUACGUCAGCGAGAGGCAGAACGAUUGGGUAGAAAAACUUGCCCUGGCUGAAUUCGCGUACAACAACGCGGAACACGUGUCCACAGGAAUGAGCCCAUUCAUGGCCAACCAUGGGUGUCAUCCCAGGGCCUUCCCGGGGAGUGUGGAGGAAAGCUGGAGCGUACCCGCUGCAGAGCAGUUUGUGGAAGAAAUGGAGGCCCUGCACCAGCAACUUAAGAUGAACUUGGAGCGGGCCAAGGAAACUUACAAGAGGCAGGCAGACAAGCACCGCAGGGAAGGGGAGACCAUACGGGUGGGGGACCGGGUGUGGUUGUCCACCCAAGGGCUACCUUUCAAAGGGGGGUGCAAGAAGUUGCAGCCCAGACGGCUGACACCUUUUGAGGUAACACAGCAAGUUAAUCCCGUGGCAUUUAAGCUCAAGUUGCCUGAUAGCGUGAAAAUACACCCGGUUUUCCACAGGUCCCUGCUCUCACCGCAUAGGGAAGGGCGGGAAUUCCAGGGGCAAGAGGGAGAAGUCACCACACACCCGCAGGUAGAAGAAAGGGAACACCAUCACAGGGCCACGGUAAUACUGGACUCAAGGUGGCAAGGGCGCCGGGUGGAGUAUUUGGUAGCGUGGGAGGGGGAACCCAGGUCCGAAAACACGUGGGUUCCCACGGAAGCCUUCGAGGACAGGUAUCUGGUGGAGGUAUUCCACCGCCGGUUCCCGGACAAACCCAAACCCCUGGAGAGAUUAUGGGAGGAGCAAUUUGGAACCACAGAUGAUGAAGAGGUUUUUGAGGGAUUUUCUGACUCCGAGGAGGAGGGAGGAGAGGUUUCGGAGGAAGAAGAAUCAGACUGGGAGGACCACCCCUUUGGCAGGUGGAAGAGCGGGUGGGAAGCGGGUUUCGAAUCCACAGAAGAUGGUGACAGUGCCUUCCGGGGGUUCCCCGCCUCGUCGGCUGACGAAGGGGACAAAGUUGAUCCCACAGGUCGGUCCAGGGGUGGAAGGGAUUCUGGGGGGGGAGGUGGAUGUCAGGGAACUGACAUCGGAGCGAGAGGCGAAGGGGAGGCUCCUAGAUGAUGCUGGAGAAGGACCCAGCAGCAGGGGGAGAAACAGCUCAGUUGAGGGGGAAGCAUUUAAGCGCAACACCAGGGAUAAAGGUGGGCAGAUGGGGGAAUCGGAGAGAGGGGUCCAGGACUCUUCACUGGAACUUUUUUUUUGGGUUAAGAGAAUGGAUUACAUUGGAUAAUACAGACAUCCUUGACCUAGAGAGACAUGAUAUAAAAUUUGGCUGGCAUUCAUGCCUCCGGUAUGGGAAGGCAAAAAUUUACAAAAGUUUUAUGAACCAUAUUCUAAGGAAGAAUCUGUAUAGAGUUUUGGAGAAACACAAAAAUUUGCUGGAAAGGAAAACACCUUUAUGGUUAUCUCCAAUUAAGGCUAUCACAAUUAAGAGAGUUAAAAAGGGUAGACAAUGGGCUACAUAUAGGGAAUUGCUGUACUUUACAGAGGGGGGGGGCGGACCCAAAUUCAAUGGACAGUGUAAGGAGUCAUGUUACAGGUUGGGUACAUGUCAGGGAACUGACAUCGGAGCGGGAGGCGAAGGGGAGGCUCCUAGAUGAUGCUGGAGAAGGACCCAGCAGCAGGGGGAGAAGCAGCUCAGUGGAGGGGGAAGCAUUUAAGCGCAACACCAGGAAUAAAGGUGGGCAGAUGGGGGAAUCGGAGAGAGGGCUCCAGGACUCUUCACUGGAACUCAGUGAGGAGGGGACAGGUCCUCCGCUACCCACGCCCUCCCUGCGCAGAAGGCUCCCGCGCGGUGAGAGGAGGAGGAGACUGGGUGUCAAACAACUCUUAUGUUGGAAGAGAUUCAAGAAACGCCCACUGACGGAUUCUGCCAGUGACUGAGGCAGUCAUGAUUAGAAAGGGCUGUGCAGUCAGAAAGGUUUAACAAGGCAAAUUAGCCUAGAGAGGCACCAGUUUACGCACGAGUAACUCAUACUCAUCACACACCCCAAAUGUAAUUUCCAAAGAUUUCACUCCACCCCUUCAGCAAAGUCAUGGAUCAAACCAACUCUUCAUCGCUCCACUCAUAACGUCGCCCCAGUUUGAUCAGGGACCACCAAUGAGUAAGUUGAUUGUGUUUGGUUUUCCAGAUCCACCUGGUGGCAUUAUGCGAGAAGGGAGAUGUGCAGGUCAGAACCAAAUUGGGGAAGGGGAAUGAGGCAAGGGAGGUGAGGCCUGCCUGCUCCCCUCUCUCCUCAGACCCAGCUGUGCUCCCUGUACUCCAACAUCCAGUCAACUUCGGCUGACCUUCAUUUUGUUCAGGAGCACAGUCCCCCACCCUGUGCGUAUUCUUUGUUCCAGGGACAUACCAUGGAUAAGACUGUCGAUUGGUGCCAACCGCAUCUCCAGCCCCGGUCCCGAUGCCCAGAGGCGCUCGAUCAAGAGGCUGGUGAACCACAAGCUCUACAGGCGUGAUUCCGGCAACAAAAUACACAACGACAUUUCCUUGGUGGAGCUGAAUGAGCCAGUCAACUGCACGGACUAUAUUCAACCAGCCUGCUUGCCGGAUGACAGCGUGGUGGUUUCCUUGCUCAAGCACUGCUAUGUCAGCGGUUUUGGAACCAUGGACCCGAAAAGUGAGAUCUGCAGGGAAACCAGGCCCCCAGAAGGAGUGGCCUGGCUGUGUGCCUAAAGUAAAUUUGCAGACCACACCUUCCCUGCCGAUCAGUUUCGCCAAAGAAACAUAAUAGCAAUGGUAGUCAGGGUGGAAAAUUCAACUCCUGCGUUGUAGGGGGUUGUGCUGGAUGCCCCUUGGGGGUCCCUUCCCAUUCUAGGAUUCUAAGUUGGUAGUUACACUUGGGUUGUGUACAUCAGAAGCCCUGAGUCUUAGGGGUGAGGCAGGUGUGUGUGUGUUUCACAGGGCAGAAAAGGAUGGAGAUGGUUGGUUUUGAGAGCCAUUCCACUUCACGGCUUCUGGGCAGAUCACCUUCUCCAGACAUAGAUGCUUGCCCCCAGAACUCAGCUCAGUAAUGAUGGCUUUGCACGCAGAAAAUUGAGUUUCAAUCUCUAGGUAGGGCUGGUGGAAACUCCUGUCUACCUCUGCUGUCGCUCAGUGUACACAAUACUAGGACAGAUGGAGAGAUAGGGAGGGAGGGAUGUGGUUUCAGGAGGAAACGGAGAGUUUUGGGGUCUCUAAGGGCCCCUAGAAACCAGGAGCUCACCCUACACUGCAGCCUGACGUACCCUUGUCUCUGAUCUCACCCCCAGUCCAUCAACUAGGUUUUUUUGGGGGGGUGAUAUUGCUGCACCUGCCUUCAUGUCUCUCUCCAUUAGUCCUGGGGGUGCAAGUUGUGUGGAGAGUGAAAUCUGAACUGAGACUCCCCCUUCCCCUACUUUCCCUUUCUGCUCUCAGCGGGGGAAAAGCCCGAUAUCAUGCUGGAAGGUUCUGUUGACAUCAUCCCCACGGCGACUUGCAGCAGCCCAGUCUGGUGGUCCAAGCUGAUCCUCGAGGAGAACAUCUGCGCUGGACGCUUGGAAGGAGGCGUAGCUACUUGCAAGGUGGGUGAAGCUAUGACAAAACCAAGGCUACGGGUUUGGCUUGGGAGAGAAACCUUCCGGUGCUCCUGGAACAGCAGAGCACUUGCUCUGAACAUGCAAAACUUCCCUGCAAUUCAGCCUCCAGCAUCACAGGCAUCAGCCGUGAGAGAAGGAAAAGGCCACUCCAAGGACAAAUCUUUGGAGAGCUGCAACUGGCAUGAGCAGAAAAUGCAGGGCGAGAUUCACCAGAGGAAAACUUGGCAUAACCCCUUUGCCUUCAGCAUCCCUCCAAGCUCUGCUCAAGAGGUCGCCACCCUUAGCAUCUGGACUCAGAAGGCGUCACAACCCAACUAGGGGCCGUUGCCUCACUGGUGGAUAUGAGUCCUUUAAUGCCCAAACCACCAAAAAGGUCAGCUCAAUUUUACGUUAGAUAUGUUAGUUUCUGUUUGCCACUGUGCAGCUGCUCUGUUUACAUUCCAGAGGCUCUGUUUACAUUCCAGAGACAGUCCAGGCUGUUGGACGUCUCACGGGAGACGGGAUGUGACUUUAGUGGUUUCCUGUUCCUUUGUUCCUUUGUUUGAGUUGCUCUCUACUCUCACAGAGAGAGGAUGUAUUUUUCUUUGCUCUCUGCGUAGCUUAGUAAUAGAGCACAGCAUGUAGCCAUAAAUCUCAUCACUUCUGUAUGCUGCUGGAAUCUCUGCUGGAUGCAAAUGUGCCUGAGGCCUCCUCAAAGGCUCAGGUCGUUAAUUAUUCGUCAGGAGGAAAAUGAGCUUUAUCAGCUUGGCCAAGCGGAGAUCCCGACAAGAUAUUUGCCAAAAGAGAAAAUCCCACAGUGGAAGGGUGUCACCAACAGUGGCCACAUUUCUGGAGAUACUGCAAGAGACUGACGGUGGUGUUUUAGUGGUGAGCAUAGCUGCACUCCAAACAGCUGACCUUGGUUUGGUUUUCGGCAGACACAAAAAGCCCUUCUUUUUCCUGGUUGGUUCGAUGUGGUGCUGAGAAAUCUAAGGUUGCUGGUUCGAUCCCCAUAUGGGACAGCUCCAAAGAGUUGGACUAGAGAAGGGGUAGGCAACCUAAGGCCCGGGGGCCGGAUGCGGCCCAAUCGCCUUCUCAAUUCAGCCCACGGACGGUCCAGCAAUCAGCAUGUUUUUACAUGAGUAGAAUGUGUGCUUUAUUUAAAAUGCAUCUCUGGGUUAUUUGUGGGUCAUAGGAAUUUGUUCAUUUUUAUUUUAAUAUAGUCUGGCCCACCACAUGGUCUGAGGGACGGUGGACCAGCCCAUGGCUGAAAAAGGUAGCUGACCCCUGGACUAAAUGAUUCUCAGGGACCCUUCCAUCUCUGCGAUUCUAUGACCCUCAAUAUGCAGAGCAGGGGCUCUGUUUCUGAGCUACAGCCUUCCCUUAGAUUAGAUGAGCUUCCUUGGAAGUUCACUUAGGCCAACCAUCGGCUCAAUGGAUGGUCCAGGGUGCAGGAUGCAACUCUGUGAUGCUUCCAGCUCUUUGAUUUUGCAGCUCCCAACACCUUCCAAAGCACCAGUCCUUACACAUUGCUUCAUCCUGCCAACAGCAACAGAUUAUUUGCACAAGCGAAAGUGCUGUUACAGGUCCAACACCACAGCCGGAGUUUUCAUAUGACAUCUUCACAAACCUUUCCUCUUACAAAGCUACACUUCUGAACCAUCUGGCUGUCAGCACGCUCCUCCUCACAGGAGCCUUUUCUCUCCCGCUUGCAGGGCGACAGCGGUGGCCCCCUCAUGUGCCGGGAGCAAAGGUCCGAACGCUACUGGUUGGUUGGAAUCACCAGCUGGGGACCGUCCUUCUGCGGCCAGGAAAAGAGGCCAGGGGUCUACACCUCCACACAGUUCUACCUCGACUGGAUCAGGAAGACGACCAAGGAGGACUUUUCCCUACCCAGCCACACACCGCUAAUGGCAGUGCCCCAGGCUACGCCACGGCCGUACCCACCUCCAAGGCCACAGCCCCAACCGGGACAAAAUGGGAAUUUGCUAUAUCCCAGGCCCCCUCCAGCAGCCUGGUACACGAACAGGCCUUGGCCACCCCCCAAGACCCGCCCUCAGCGUGGUCCUACGCUCUGGUAUACGAACAGACCUAACUCCCGCCGUACACGGUAUAGGCGGCCAGUAAGGUGGCGUCUGAGGACAAGGGCCCCAGCUUUGCACGCACACAUUUACAGGCCGUGGGUCAUGAUUCACACACCCCCACCAUGGAUUGAGUUCCAGGCGCAGGAGCCACCCGGGAGCCAAGUUUCUUACAAUGGAAAUGGUCCCUAG